AGGUCACUGCGAAUCGGUUGUUAUUGUACUGUUGUGAGAUAAAGGCCGGUGGAUACCUACAAAUGUGACAAACAGAAUCAUACGAGAGAAUCAUGAAUUUAUUUGGAUUCGUACUUUUGUCUUUUCUCCCAAUAACUACAGGUCUUCUGUGCAAAUGUACCUACUGUGGCACGCCAGGCAGUCAAACACAAAAUGACACAUGUGAGACCGAUGGCGUUUGCAUGACCUUGGUCACAAGAGAAGCGGACGAGAUAAAGGUCAACUACAUCUGUAAAGAAAAAUCUGCUUUAAAGCCGCUGAUGCGACCAUUCGUGUGUCAUGCAAGCCGGAAGAAGCUGUCAAGCUUCAAUGUGCAUUGUUGUAAUAACAGUGAUAUGUGCAACCUGAAAACAAUCCCAACACUGGAUCCACCUGUUCCCUUGGAAGAUCCUGGUGGAAAUACAAGUAUACAGAAAACCUCGAGUGACCUGGAUGCUGUGCAGCUGAUGGCGCUGAUUGCUGUUCCUAUAGUGCUUGUGUGUGCCCUCUUUCUGGCUAGCUUCUUCGUGUAUCAGCAGUACAGGAAGACCCGUGCACCAUCACACCAUGACACAGAGCGCAGUAUGGAGACCAAUCCACUGGUAGCUGGGCAACCACCUUCACUGCAGCAGCUCUAUGAUUGGUCACAUUCAGGAUCCGGGUCAGGCUUGCCCCUUCUGGUCCAGAGAACAAUUGCGCGACAGAUUCGCCUGUGUGAGAUCAUUGGCAAGGGGAGGUACGGUGAGGUGUGGCGUGGCAACUGGAGAUGUGAGAGUGUGGCGGUGAAGAUCUUCUCAUCUCGUGAGGAGCGGUCCUGGUUCCGCGAGGCUGAGAUCUACCAGACUGUGAUGCUGCGCCAUGAGAACAUACUUGGCUUCAUCGCUGCUGACAACAAAGACAAUGGCACCUGGACACAGCUGUGGCUCAUCACGGACUACCACGAGAAUGGGUCACUGUUCGACUAUCUCAAUAGACAGCCUGUCACCCCUGCACAGAUGAUUAAGCUAGCGCUGUCUGCUGCAAAUGGUCUCUCCCAUCUUCAUAUGGAGAUUCUUGGUCAGCAAGGUAAACCAGCUAUUGCCCACAGAGACCUGAAGAGUAAAAAUAUUCUAGUCAAAGCAAAUGGCUGCUGUAUAGCUGAUUUAGGUCUGGCAGUACGCCAUGACUCCAAGACAGACCAAGUGGACAUUGCUCCCAACAACCGUGUGGGGACGAAACGUUACAUGGCCCCUGAGGCUCUGGACGAGUCCAUCAACAUGAAUCAUUUUGAAUCCUUCAAGAGGGCAGACGUGUACUCAUUUGGGUUGGUGUUGUGGGAGAUUGCACGCAGAUGCAUGAUCGGAGGCAUUUUUGAGGAGUACCAGAUGCCUUACUAUGACCUUGUGCCCCCAGACCCCUCCCUAGACGACAUGAAGAAGAUAGUGUGUAACGACAAGCAUAGGCCAGCCAUUCCAAACCGCUGGCAGACAUUUGAGGCCCUGCAUGUUAUGGCUAAGCUUAUGAAGGAGUGCUGGUACCCCAAUGCUGCUGCUCGACUGACAGCACUGAGGAUCAGAAAGACACUGGCAAGUCUUGCUGCCCAAGAAGACAUGAAAGUGUGAAUCUGAUGAUCUUACAAUGGUAACCUAUUGACAUUUGGACUGCAAUGAUGCCGAGCCAACGAGACCUUCCUCUUCAGUGUGAUCAAGUCUAUAAUGUAUGUGUGUUAUGGCAAGAGUGGAUAAUGUAGUGCAGAUGGACAGUCCGGUGAAAAGAAGUCAUAGUGGGAUAUCAGAAGAAUGUAUUUUCCUUUCAUGUAUUGUACGUUGUAAAUUUGUUUUAAGAGCCUAUGUUAUCAAUUGGCUUCAGAUCGGUUUGCAUUAUGAUUUGUGUGUUGAACUAAUUAUGAAGGAGAUGAUCUUGAGGAGCUGUGUUAAGCAAGUGUGGGCAUGGCAAUUGUGAUUUAGUGUGUCAUGAAGUAGUUGGUGUCAGGAUGGAAAUACAUGCUCUUGUUAUAUAUAUGAAGCAAGAGGAGUCAAGUUCCUCUUCAAACCUUAUCAGGGUUUAGCGGUAUGUGUAUGUGGACUGAUAGCCACUGUAUGCACGAACCUCAGAGAAUAUGUCUAUUUCUCCGAGUUGUAGAGGGUUACCCCAACGAAUACCAGAUUCACCUGUCUGACAGAAUACCGUUUGAUUCUCCACAUGCAAACUUGUGAAGUCAAUUACUGAGAUCCAAUGCUCCUGGCUGCAGUAUCUAUUACUGUGUAGACUAUACUUCCACUCUCCAUGCUCACUCAUUGAGAGCAAAUAGUUGGACCUUUGUAAUUAAGUGGCAGAUUUCUGUUCAGUACAACCUAACACUUGACCAUGUUGACUAAUGAAAGAGGCUUAGAAUCAGAGCAUAAGUCUAAAUGUCAAAAUAAACUUGCUUUGUUAUUGAUAAGUGUUACAAGGGAGAUGUUGUUGCGACUAAGGGGUAUAGCUUCACCUCCAUGACAGUCAGUAACAAGAUGGACUGAAAUUAUUGUUUCAGAUGUUAUAUAAUUUGAGAAAAUAACCACGGGCGGAUACAGCUUUUUUGAAAAGUGGGGGUGCACAAUUAAGAUCUAUUUAUUGACUUUGGUGGCAAUUUAUACAGAAAAAAAGUUUUUUUUCGAAAUAAAAAGAGGGGGUGCGCACCCCUGCACCCCCCCCUCUGUAUCCGCCCAUGAUAACAAUAUGAUUUCACUAUGUGAUGAUCAUUAAGAACGGCAGCUUCACUAGCUGGAAAACAAAGGCUGAGAGUUGGCUGGGAAGCGUGUCACACUACAGACACAGUUUCCAUUCAUCUGUUGAGUACAGUGUGUUCUCACGUUCUCAGAUGUGAUAUUGCUGGGUGUUGCUAAAAUUGGUAUAUAAGACCUUGCUCCAUACUGAAGAGAAGGAUGUAGGGUGAAAAUGGUGAAGUGAAAUGGGAUGGGUACUGAUGAAGAGACAACUUACUUACAGAAAGAAGCCUGGUACAUGUACCUUGUUUCUCCAAAGAUGAAUUGUGUAGCAUCAAGCCACUUGAAGUACUGUUUUUGCCAUAUUGCCAGACUAGCUUCUAGACCAACCUGUAACCAAUCUUUAUGACCACCACAUACUGAGCUUAAAAAUUUACAUGUCUUUCCAUAUUUUCUUGCUUGUGAUAUUGCUGGAAUAUUUGCUGAAAGCGGCGUAAAAUCCAACUCAACACACCAUAUUUUCUUGUGUGCAUUUACAAAAAAUCACAGAAAUGUGAAAAGGGUAUAUUGUUACUCGUAACCCUUAUAAAAAAUGUUUCGGUUUCAUUAACGUUUGUGUGUGUUUCCUGUCUCUGGCAAUAAAAUUAGCUUGUGUAUGUUUGUCAAUUGGUUUAGAAUCAGUACUUUUACAGAAUUGUUAGUUAAACUGUUCCAGCAUUGACCAACUAUAAAACAGAUGAUUUUAUGUAAAAUAAAUCAUGUGAAGAACAGAAUUACUGUCUCUAAAUAUUACAAAUACGAUUUUGAUGGUUCUUUUGUUAUUAUCCGAUUUUACAUCAUGUUUGACUGUAAACACAACCCACGCAAUAUCACAUUUGCUGAUUGGAAACAACAUUUUCAAGUAGUGUGUCCUAUUCUUAUGUACAUGAACAUUUACUUAAGAUACACAUAUUUAAAUCAAAGAUAAAAUGUAAUCAAUCUUGCGAUAGGUUUGGAAUUACAUGUGCCAUGAUUGAUGUCAUACUUACUCGUCAGUUGGAAAUUGUUAUUCUGUAUUGAUGAAUCUGAGAGAUAAAUCUGCUCGGUCAACCUGGGAAAGGGCCUCCCUACCUUUCCUUGAGGAGUAAAAUACUGGAAUACAGUAUUUGACUACUGUUUUACUACCAGUGUGUGCAUAAUACAAGCAUACUAUGAGCUUCGAUUUUAUUUCACAUCGUGAAGACACCGUGAGCACACAACACGCAAGAUGGUCCUGUUAUUAUUACACUAUCUGGCAAUAAAAGUGUUAAUUGUGUAUCUUGACUUAUGUUUGUAAUCCAUAAAUAAUACAAUAUAUACUUUUAUCCAAGAUUUCAUUCAAGUCUCUUUACAUUACUUCGGUGAAAUCAUGUAUGAACUGAUCGGCAAAUCACAUGAACUCAGCUUGAAACAACCGUUAGUUGUCAGAGAUACAUAGUCUUCGGUAUUCCUAUCACUGUUGAAAUUUGUUUUUAGUUAUGAUAUUAUUUAAACUAAAUAACCAGUAGAUUGGGGAGAAAUUGUGCAGCUGAUUGCUAUUUCCGGCUUUUGUUUUUACAAAACAAAUAAACUUGUAAUCUUUUUCUCUGUGCAUGAAACAUUGUCCAGCAUACAGUACACAAAUACCAUUGAAUUUGUAAAUCAAUGCAUCUAGUGAUAUAAAAGAUUUCCUGUUUUCAUUCUCGACAUGGCAAAACAAGCACACAAAAUCCUUUAUUGCUGCCACAACAAUAACACAAGAUGUGCAGUAAAGCAGUGCACAUGUAAAGGGAAGUAACUGCAUGCUAUAGAUUGUGUUGUUUUUAGAAUUGCAGCAUUUCACUGUCAAAUGCAGAAUAUAUAAAGACUUUUUUUUGUUGAAUAUGGAAAUAAAAACAAAAUGUGCCUGAGAACCAAGACAGUUUUUUGGGUUUAGCUUAUGUGUAGGGAAAAUAGCACUUCACUUUGCUCAAGGGAAACUGAAAGUUAUCUCCCUUAGUAUUCUUGGCGGUAGCACUGUACAUGUGCAUUUAGCAAAGGCAGUUUGUUAUUGUUGUUAUCGUUUCACAAUAUGAACUGUUUCAGAAUAUUAAGAUGGUUAAUUUAUCACAGUAUAUGUAGGUGGUCAUAAAUAAGAUUACUAAACUUGUUUACUGAAUGGCAAGACAGAAUAAAUGGCCCCUGAAUAUGUUGAUGUAACUUGUGAAUUCCUUACAGUUGAACUGAUGAAUCUUUUGAAUAGGGUUAUCUUAUUUUCUCUCCCAAGAGAAAAAAAAUGUGGAAUUUUAGGUGAUAUUUUGAAAGAUAUAAGACAUUUUUGGAAAAUCCUUCAUUUUCCAUGAAGUGUUUAUUGUACCAGCAUUGUGGCAGAAGACUUUGAUACCCAGAUCUCUUAGAGGUGUGAGAAACAUAGCAUAUUGAUGAUUAGGUUGAUAUCCAUCUUAAUUUUUUUCUUGAACAAUUAAUGAGGAAUCAGUGACCUGUUUGGUCUUGGAAGAAUAUGAAUUGAGAUUACUGCAUGUACCAUAAAGUAUGAUACGGUUAUUUGUGUAAUCAUGAGAACUAUUUACAAGCAAAUCAGAUUUGUGGAGCCAAUGCAAUUUUCUCAUUCUGUGUCUGUGUGUUUCCAUAAUAUGUUGCUUCAGUCAACAGAAUGUUUACUUCAGUGUCUACCAUAUCAUUGUUUAGUUGUAUAUGUUUGUUGAUACUAUCGGCUGAAGGAACCUGAAUGUUGUUCGUAAAACGUGCAGCUUAUGUUUGUAGUCUAGCAUGUUUCUUUAUGUUGUGUAAAUAGCUAAACUGAGCUUUAUCAAAGUAGUUUUCUGUGUAUAAAAGCUUGUCAGAGUUAAAAGUUCUUUAAUAUUUUGUGAACAUUAGCAAAUUUUAUUUGAGUGGGUGAAGUAUGACUGUUACAAGUAUUUCAGUGUUUUUAAUGUAUGCUGAAAAUAUCAAAUUCUGGAUCAAGGCUAGUACUAUUUUAUUUAAUCCUGAAUUAUCAUUGUGCCGAUGUCCUGUAUUGUUUUUUUUCUAACAUGAUUCAUUGCUCUUUAUGAGGCUUUAACCAGGGAACAGCCUACAUCAGUACCAUCAAGAUUCCACAAAUUAGGGCUGAUAUGACAUCCUGGAUAUGUACUGGGUAAUAUGGGAAGUAUUGGGUGUAUUCAUUUUUGUCUACGCCAGUGACCAAUGCAUUAUGGAAUGUUUUGACUGGUGCUGAUUGGUUAAGUUGGUAUUUUAUGAGGCCCGUUUCCGGAAGAAAUUUGGACAAUGUUUAAAAUUGUUUUAAUUUUACAUUAUGAGCAUCAGCUACUUAAAUUAAACGUCAGAUAAUUAUCCUAACAUUGUGUUAAUUUAUGACGAGUGAAAUAUAUGACCCUAAGUUGUCUAUACCUUUUCACCAAAUUUCUUCAGUACCUCAUUCCUUCUGCACAAAUCAAUCUCAGUAUGUGCAGAAGUGUCCAGUUCGUUUUUGGUAUUAAUUUUAUAUGGAUAUCGGCAACACUCAGUCAGAUACUUAUGAUUUUACUCCUUUUGCGUUUCUCUUUUAUUUUUAGAGUAUUUCAUCAAAAACAAUUUGGCUUCAAAUAAAUUUGUUCACUAGAGCUUGAUCAUCUGAAAACAAAUUAUAUUUUUGUUGGUGGUUUGAUAAGCAUUUAAAUUGAUCAACUUUUGAAAUGACUGGAUUGCUUAUUACAGUGAAUACUACAUAAAUUUUCUGAUGAUCAAAAUAUGUUAGGGGCAAGAGCUCUGUUUGAGAAAGCUGUUACGUUGCGAAAGAAUGGUAUGUGUGUUUUGUUGUAAAACAGUUUAUGCUAUAUGCUCUAUAUGGAUUUUAUGUGUUCUAUACUCCACAUGGUGUCUGUAAAUAUGUAAAUAAGUGCUGGUGUAUAUUGCGUUUAUAUCCUAUGUAAUAUAUAGUCACUUACCUAGUUUAUUGUGAUGUUGCACAAAGUACUGCCUGUAACAUGCAGAGAAAUGUGUGGAUGAUGCGAUCAGCGACAUGUUUUUUUGAAAGUCAGGAUAGACAGUGUGAUGUCUGCAAGCAGCAGUCAGUUACCAUGCUAAAUUGAUGGAGAAUUUUGGUUUUGAAUGAUGUUAGUUGUUGAUAGUGAGAUACACACAAGGUACACAUAGAAAAUGUCGACCUGUGAACUAUGCUUUGUUAUCUGUCCUUGCUAUACUUGGCCACAUGAUGAAAGGUAAUUUAGUUGAAGUCUUGAUUUGUACCGAGCUUGGUGUACAUAGUCUCUAAGCCAGGCGUCCAUACUGGGAAUUCCAGGUGUUUGCCAAACGUCAAUGUAUACUGAUGCCUAAUUAUGUAGCGCUUUGUCAAUGGACUAUGUAAUUGUGGCAGUUUCCAUAAUAAACUUGCAGUUUUCAAUCAGUAUUGAUGAAUUAAUAAUUUGUCUCCUUUGUUAGGGUUACUUUGAAUAUAUUGCCAAUUUAACAAUAAAUUAAAAAACUUUGAAUGGAAAUAUAACCUUUUCAAGUAAUUUAGAUGUCAAAAUCGGUUGUGUUGUUAUUAAGGAGGGGAUGGUUUUGCUUAAUACUUAAAACAUAACAUCUGCUGGAAGGUUUCCUCUACAAUCUCCAUCACUGUCCGCCUUUAAUUAAUCUUGGAUUCUAUUACAACUGAAGUAGUGUUCAAUGUAUCAAACUCGAUAUUCAAGGGGAUAAACUACAGAACAGUCUGUUACUUUUCUAUUUUUUCUAAUGUUGAAAAGUAGAUCACAUAUACUGUCACUUCAUGCCUUUUGAAGUUUAAAUAGAAACUAACUCCUAUAAUAGACUCCUGUAAUCUACCCUCCCCAAACAAAAUGAUCCUGUUUAAUUAAUUGGUCUGUUGAUGUGAAGGGGCGGUCGGGUAGCCUAGUGGUUAAAGCAUUCGCUCGUCACGCCAAAGACCUGGGUUCGAUUCCUGACAUGGGUACAAUGUUUGAAGCCCAUUUCUGGUGUCCCCCACCGUGAUAUUGCUGGAAUAUUGCUAAAAGCGGCGUAAAACCAUACUCACUCACUCACUGUUGAUGUGAUGCUUAUGUAUCUCUGGGAGUAGUAUCUUGCAGAAAUACAUUUAUAUCACAUAUUUUCCAGUAAGCACAUUAUUUGGCCAUGAUUGGGGGUUAACAUCCCUAAUUCACCCUGAUUGUGUUAAAGAUUUGUAAGUACCUCAUCCAUGCUCAGUGGGUUUCACUUAACACUUAUGACCUGCAUCCUUUGGUUAGAACAGCAACAGUUAAUGAUUAAUUUGACUAAUCUUACUUCAAAAAGUUAAAAAAUGAUUUUUUAGAGUUGACUGAAAUGGGAUUGAUUUUCCUCGUCCAGAGUUGAGUUUUUACAGGCUAAUGUGUCCUAGUUGGAAUACUGCUGACUGCUGCAUAAAAUGACAAACAUAAUGUACAUAACAUGUAAUUAGUCUUUAAUGUGCCAUACUUUUUAAACUCAAAUUCUGAAUAAAAGCAGGAAUUGUAAUUUAUGUAAACAUUAUGGUGUGAGUUUGUUUGAUUAUCGGGGGUAUUAGGGCUGCAUUGAGUGACAUUAUGUCGAGUUAUUUUCAUGUAUUCUGUAAAACACUAAACUUAAUGUGAGAAUUGGUAUGGUCUUUAACGUUAUUUAUCUUACAAGUCGGGCAGAAAAUAUAUGUUAAGACUUGAACUAUUGAGUACUGACAGUGGCUGACUUUGGUGUGACCUAUUGAUAUGUACAUUUGUCUUUAUUCUUAUGCUUACAGCAUCCAUGUUGCAUCACUGGUAUAGCAGUUUAGAAUAUAUCAUCUGUAAUUACUCAAAAUACAGCCAACCAAAUCUUACUGCAUUGUCAUUUGAAGCCAUUUAUAGUCAGAAUAAAGUGAUUCGUGGUUUAGUAAUCAACAUUAGGAAGCUUGGUAUUUAGUUUCUGGACUGGGAACUGUACAUUUGAACAUCAAUAAAAAGUGACUGUUUACAUAUGGUUAAUGAACAUUGUUUUCCUGCCAGAAUUUACUGUCUCAGAUUCGAACCCCAGAUUCAUCAUCAUUUAAAUUGUUGGGUUUGCCAUCACGAUUCUCAGGGGCUCAUGGGCUUGACCAAAGUUGUAAAUGUCCAAAUCCAAAGGUGACCACUAAAUUAUUGUUCAGGCUUAACCCAAUCACUCAAUUUGCCAGAUAAAAGAACUUCUUCAAGUUUCCAGAGAGAAUGCAUGCUAUGUACUAUCUUAUGAAUUUUGAAUGUUUGGACUGAAUCAAUAACUAAUGUGUCGUGACAUUCAAAUGUAUUAUGUUAAGUAGUGACAGUGUUGUACUUGAGUGAUAUCUUAGGUCACUUUAAUUGGGAGAACAUUUUGAGUAAUUACAGUCGCACAUUACCUCUCUACUCUAUUGUCUAACUACAUCUCAGGAAGAGUACAAAUUGCAAUUGUCAACAAAGUAUUUUUGUGAAUAACAACUAAGUUUAGACCAUACUUUGAAUAUUUGGGCUGUAGACCUUUAGUUCCAGUAGGACAACACGUCAUUGUUACAAUGUAUGAUUCUGCUGCUCUGUACUAUGUCAUUUGUAUAUGAAAAAUAAAUAUAAAAUGUUAUGCCA